UGAGGUGGCCUCCUUCCCGGGGAGAGAUGCUGUAGAGCAGCCGGCGGAGGAGAUGCUGCUGCCGGACUGAAGAGAGCAGAAAGCCGCGGAGGGAUCCAGAAAGAUGUCGAGCAGAGUCCGCCUGACCCCGGUGAGCGAGGCUGAACAGCCGAAGACCUCGGAGGGUCUCCCCGAGCCGCCGGCCCCGCCCACGAAGUCCUCGAGCCGCCACAGUCUGCCGCGAUGCCGCAGCUGCACGUCGGCGGCGGACGAGACGCCGCACGUCGGGAACUACCGACUGCUGAAGACCAUCGGGAAGGGAAACUUCGCCAAAGUCAAACUGGCCCGGCACACGCUGACCGGCCGAGAGGUCGCCAUCAAGAUCAUCGACAAAACUCAGCUGAACCCGACCAGCCUGCAGAAGCUCUUCAGAGAAGUCAGCGUGAUGAAGAUCCUCAACCACCCCAACAUCGUGAAGCUGUUUGAGGUGAUCGAGACGGACAAGACGUUGUACCUGGUGAUGGAGUACGCCAGCGGAGGUGAAGUGUUUGACUACCUGGUCGCUCACGGCAGAAUGAAGGAAAAGGAGGCCAGAGCCAAGUUCCGCCAGAUUGUGUCAGCGGUGGAGUACUGUCACCAGAAGAGGAUAGUACACCGAGACCUGAAGGCAGAGAACCUGCUGCUGGACGCCGACAUGAACAUAAAGAUCGCAGACUUCGGCUUCAGUAACGAGUUCACGCUCGGCAGUAAACUCGACACGUUCUGCGGAUCGCCUCCGUACGCGGCGCCAGAACUCUUCCAGGGGAAAAAGUACGAGGGUCCGGAGGUGGACGUCUGGAGUCUGGGAGUCAUCCUCUACACGCUGGUCAGCGGCUCGCUGCCGUUCGACGGACAGAACCUGAAGGAGCUGAGGGAGCGUGUCCUCAGAGGAAAGUACAGGAUUCCUUUCUACAUGUCGACCGACUGUGAGAAUCUGCUGAAGAAGCUUCUGGUUCUGAACCCUGGAAAGAGAGGAAGCCUGCAGCAAAUCAUGAAGGAUCGAUGGAUGAACGUCAGCUACGGCAGACGAAGAGCUGAAAACCUUUUACAGAGCCUGAAGCGGACUACGACCUGAAACGCAUCGAGCUGAUGGAGACGAU